UAUACACUGUUACUUCAGAUGGUAUUUGAUCAUCAUUUAUUUUUGUAUGGAAUUGUAUCACUUUCUUGGUAUAACCUGCACGCUCACAUAUAUUUAUAUUCAUAAUAUAGUGGUAAUAUAAAUUUAACCUAUAGUAAUAUGGACGAUUUUGAAGUACUUCCAUUACACCGGAAUAAAAAUUUUCUUAAAGUAUGUUGUGCUGUAAUUAAUUCUGAAUGGCCACGUAGUGAAACUGCCAGGUUACAUAGUUUGGAAGCAUCUUGUGAUACUUUGCCAACAUCUUUAGUAUUAGUUAAAAAUGAAAACACAUCUAAAGUUGUUUUAGGGCAUUCAAAAAUUACACCAAUACCAUCUAUGCUUGAUAGUUGUUUUAUUGAAAGUGUGGUCAUUGUAAAAGAUCAACGAGGACGAGGUCUAGGAAAAUAUAUUAUGUAUAAGACUGAAGAAUAUAUUAAAACGUUAGGUUUAUCUACUGUGUACUUAUCUACUAUAGAUAAAAAAGAAUUUUAUUCCAAACUUGGAUAUGUUGAAUGUCAGCCAGUUUCGAUUUAUGGUAAUUUUUCGAGUUCUAUCAAUAAAAUUACUGCCCCUAUGAUUAAGCCAUCCAGAAAAACAUACAUGAAAAAACAAUUGAUAUAAAUUAUUGUACUUAGUAUUUUCAUUUAUAUUUUAUAUUACACAUGACAAUUGAAAAAUAAGUAUCUUAGAUAUAAAUUUAAGUUAACAUCUACUAACAGUAUAAAUUGUAGUUCUUAAUAACAAUAGUUUAGAAUUUUAAACGUAUACUCGUAAUAUGUCAGCCCAUUAUUUUAUAAUAUCUACACAAAAUAAUCAUGUCAGUGUAAAUUGCAUUUCUGUCGGCUUUAUAAUCUAGAUAUUUUGACAUAGUUAUAACUUUAUUUUUGUACAUUUUUACUGUAAUUUAACUAUUGUUGUUGUA